AUGUUAUUGGAACUUAUUGCACUUGUUGUAGUAGUGCAAUCCAAUGAUUGUUGGAGUGUUAUUGGAGACAACACAUUGACAUAUGGCGAUUAUCCAAAGUGUAACAAUUUCCUCGGGCAUGGUCUUGUGAUUACAGAACAACCCAAUAAAGACACGGUCAUUUUGAGCUCAGGAUGCUGCUUCGAUAACAAAAAUUAUUAUAAAGUCCGGACAGGACCAAUAAACACAAGAAAUGUUGAUGUGUUGUUUGAAUUCACAUCUAACAUCAGAUAUUUGUUUAUCAUUUCUGAUAAUCAAAGACAGAAAUUUACUUUCUUUUUGUAUGCAGAACAUCUAGUGACUGUGUUUUUUGAUCGAACAAUUCCAUAUGACACUGAUAUGUAUGAUGAUAUAAAUGUAUUUGAAAAUCCAGCUAUAUACAACUGCAAGAAAUACACAUCCUUUCAACUCGUUUUCAACAGAUUUGUGAGACCGUAUUUGUAUUUUUUAUUAGAAGAGAAUGUGAACUAUUCAAGAAGAAUCAAAGUCAAUACAGAAGAGUAUUAUUUCCAGGGAUGUAAAUAUGCGUUCAACGCGGAUUCUGGAAUUGAAUACACUUUGAAAAGAAAAGAAGAAAAGUUGGUUGAGGUUUGUAGAAUUGGAAAUUUUAGUAGAUAUAUGACAUGUUCAUCUGAAAGUGUGGUUGAACAAUUCUCUGAUUGUCGGUGCUAUGCCCAAACAAAUUUAUAUGUUGCAUCGCUUAAAGAUGUUGGUACAAAUUACCCAGACUGUCUUUUCAAUUCUUCUUUAUUUGAUUUCAUUAUUUUGUCUCAGCAAACGAAUAUGGUAUUUGAUGUCGAAAAUGCAUCAGUUUGGCGGUCAUUAAUAUUUGAAGACACGGUUACUCCAAUUACAAUUAUCAAUCCAACAAAAUUGACUUUCACUGGUAAAGUUGUUUUUCCCAAAGUACCUCUGGUAUUUUCAAAUGAAAUACAUAUCAAUGAAAUAGUGAUACCAUCAUUUCCAUCAGGAGGUUUACAUCGACUCUCGAAUGCAACAAUUGACAAGAUCACAGUGAGUUAUCAAAGUGAUGACGCAAUUUUGUUCCUUAGUAAUCCACUUGACAGAGAGUUUCCUGGAAUUAAAAUUGGUUGUUUGAAUGGCAAGAUGAGUAGGUAUGUUUCCGAGAAUUCAAAAAUUGGUUGUAAUUGUCAUUUUAAAAAUGGAGUGUAUAAUUUUGCUGAUUGUGAAGAAGUUGGAAAAAGUGACAACAAGUACACGCUUGUCAUUGAAGACAAGGAGACUUAUUUCAGAAGAUCAUAUUGGAAGGAAAUCACAUUUGGGAAUUCAGUUACUAUAAAACGUUUUGUCAGUGCAGAGAAGUGCAUCGUGAAUGGAUUUUUAUAUCUUAAAGGUUCUUUACAAUGUGAUUUGUUGAUAUGUACAACAAAUUGUAGAGUUGUUGUAGAUGUUGGUGGUGUGUUAUUGGUUAACAGUAUUAAAACCACUGGAAUACAAUUAGUUAUAGAUUUCGCGGAUUACACAAUCUUUAAUAUUGAAUAUGUGGAAUUAGCCGGAACAUUAGUGAUAAAUAAAGCAUUGACUAUUAUUACACAUCUUAAGACAUUGGAUAACACUCUUUUUGAUAAUUUUAUGAGUCUCCAAAUUGACUUGAUUGAAUUGGGAAGUAUUAUACAAAUAGUCAGCACCAAGACCGUUGUAAUUGAAGAAUCAACAAAUAGUCACAGAAUUGAUGUAACUGCACAAAAGUUUAUUACUAACAUAACAAAAUGCACAUUGGGGUUUGUUAAAGUGGAAACACCAAUUGAAAUUGGUACCCAUGUUGAAACUAUUUGGAUAGACACCAUAGACAAUGCCAAGUAUCCAUAUGUCAUUCCUUUUGCUAAAUUGUCAAGGUCCGAAAAACCGAUUUCUAUCAUGAAUGCACCUACUUUAACAACAAGACAAAAUGGCUUUUACACACUUACAAAAACAAGAAAAGUGCAGUUCACUUCAGACAGUGGUCUCAAUUUGUUUUGUGACGGACAAAUCCUUGUAGUUGGUAAAACGGAAUCAAGAAUGUGUAAGGACACUUUGUUGAUGACUAAAGUGUGUUCACCACAACCAGAUGGAAGUUAUAAAGAUGAAAAUGGCGAUGUGGAUUAUUCAUGCCCAACAAAUUCAACUUCGUUGGUAUAUUCGACCCUUUUACUUGAUUCUGUUAUGAGAUACGAUAUUAGCGACAACGAGUCAUAUGAUAUAAUAACUGUUGAGAAACAAUGUAUAGUUGGUGUGAAUAACAAAGAAUUUGCGUUGCAGUCGAAAGAAGUUGUUGUGAUAAAUGGAAAUAAUAACACAAUACGAAUUUACUCCACAAAAACAGAGAUAAUAGCGACAGGUAAAAACAUCUUUUAUGUCAAUCCAGGUUAUGGUAUUGAAUUAUUUUCUGGUUCCAUUUUCUCAGUGGAAGAUGGUAAAUGUCAUGUAGCUUAUAUUGAUCAAGCAACAUACAAAUGCCUUGAAUGUGGAUUUUACAAACAAGAUGGUAAAUGUCAAAAGAGAGACUGGGUUGACAGGAAUUGUUUAAUGUUGGACAAAUUUAGCGGGAAGUGUCUUAGAUGCCAAGAAAACAUGUAUUACUCCACGAUUAAAAAAAGGUGUGAUUAUUGUGGACUAUAUUGCAAAAAUUGUAAGAGCAGUACUUAUUGUGAUGUAUGUGAAGAUAAUUAUUUAAUGGUUGACCGCCAAUGUUAUCCAAAAAAUAAGUGUGAGAUGUCAUCGAACAACAAAUGUUUGAAGUGCUCUCCCGGACAAGAAGUGAGUAAAGACUUAUCUUCAUGUGAAAAGGAGUGCAGUAAUGGAUGUAAGUCAUGUUCAAAUGAUGAAUGUCGAAUUUGUAAAGUGACAGAACAUUACAUAGACUAUGGUGAAAAAUGUGAUUUAGUACCCGAAGCAACAUUUCUGAGCAAUUUCAAAGUGAUUGAAUGUAAGAUGGGCUUUUAUUCGAAUAACACAAACUGUGUGGAGUGUCCAGACCAAUGCACCAUAUGUGAGCAUGAUUUCGAUACAAGUGUAGUUGCAUGUAAAAGGUGUAAAAAUGGUUAUGUAAUUUCGAAUCAAAAGUGUGUUGAAAUGAAGUCAAUUGGAUGUUUAAAACAAAGACUGAGCAAAUGCAUUCAAUGUGAAAUUGGUAAGUACUUUGAUGACAAGACUUGUGUGAGUUGUGGCUCAAAAUGCAAAGAGUGUAGCAACAACGGAGAGUGUCAAUCGUGUGUUAAAGGGUAUUAUCUUUGGAAAGCAACUGAUAUAAACCCAAUUCCAUCAUGUAGAAAUGUUCCACAAGACUCAAUGUGUGACAAAUUUGUUGACGGAAUUUGUAUCACGUGUAAGGCUAAAUUUUAUUUGAAUGAUACCAAUGAUUGUAGUCCUUGUUAUUUUUCGUGCAAACGGUGUACAAAAAGUGAGACAUGGACUUCUGGAAGUUGUUAUGAAUGUGAAAGCGAAUAUGCUUUGGUGAACAACUCAUGUGUUUCAAUAUUAUCAUCAUCCCCACAUUGUAAGCAAACUGUUCCUUCAUCAAAAACAGAAUGUGCAAUAUGUGAUCAGGGUCAUUACAGAGAUGAAACACGUUGUGUGGGAUGCAUAGAAAGCUGCAAAAAGUGUUUCAAUGGUAAAGAGUGUGUAGAGUGUUACUCUCCAUUUUUCUCCAAUGAAACUUCAAAAUGUGAAUUGUCUUCAAAUUUGUUUGGAUGUGCAGAAGUGGGUCGAAAUGGAUGCAAAAAAUGUGAAGAUGGAUAUUUUCUAGAGAACAUCCGGUGUGUUAAUUGUUCUUCACUUGUAGAACAUUGUAAAGAGUGUCAUAAUGCUACUUUCAAAUGUUUUGGAUGCGAAAAUAAUUACGUUUUACUCUCGGACAAAUGUGCAUUUUUUAGUGUUAUCGAUAACUGCAUUUCUGCUGUAAAUUCACAUUGCAACAAAUGCACAUUCUGGUAUAUCAUCAAUCCUUAUACAUUCAAUUGUGAUCAAGAAGUCUCAUGGUGGAUGAUUCUCAUCAUAUUUGUUCUAUCCUUUGUGACCUUUAUAAUCUUUUUGUUGAUAGUGGGGUAUUUCAUCAACAGAAUUGUUUUCAGAAUAAAAAUGUGUAUAUAUAAAAAGAGGGAGCAGCGUCAAUACGCACAUUUUGAUACACGUUACUCAAACAUUUUAUGGAAAGAAAUAAGUAAACAAUCUGUUAUAGGUGUGAACAAGACAGUUCUCCGGUUUGAUCUUGAAGAACAACAACAGAUACCUGUUGGCAGUUACACACGAGACCUGUUAUGCAUUGGAAAUAUACGAGGCAAAAAGUCGAUUAUCAUAUCCUUUGUUGGUAUUGAAAACGAGUCGUGCAAAUUUACGGUUGAGACCCAACCCAAGAAUCCCGUAUUAAAACCAAAAGAGGGGUGUGAAAUUGAAAUACUAUUAAAGCCUUUUUGCACAUGUAAAAUACGAAGUAGUUUGGAUAUAAUCAUCGAUGACUUAGCGUCGGGCAAACGAACAACGGAAAAAGUUCGAAUUGAAGUGCAAACUGAAGUAACCACACAUAUUGACCCUUGUGAACUGAUCAAAGAGAAACGAAUUGGUUCUGGUUCUUUUGGGAUUGUAUUUCUGGGGUAUUACAGAGGCAACAAAGUGGCUAUUAAAUAUGCCCGGAACAUCACAGAUGACUCAAAACAGUUUUCCGAAUUUGAAAGUGAGGUAGCAAUGCUUGACAAAUUUCGCUGUGAAUUUAUCAUUCACUUCUAUGGCGCCGUUUUCAUCAAGUCGCAAAUAUGCAUUGUCACCGAAUUUGCCGAAUUUGGUUCUCUAGAGGAUGUGAUUAUCAGAAAAAACUCUUCGGAGUUAUCCAAUUACUUUAAGUUGAAAAUAAUGAUCGACGCACUUCGUGGAAUCGAGUAUUUGCACCUGAAUGGUAUUCUACACAGAGACAUCAAGCCAGACAACAUCUUAAUCAUUUCCCUCGAUAGAGAAGCUAAAGUGAAUGCCAAGUUGACCGACUUUGGCACUUCCAGGAACAUCAACCGCUUGAUGACGAAUAUCACAUUCACCAAAGGUGUUGGGACACCAGUGUACAUGGCGCCCGAGUUAUUAAAUGGCGAGAAGUAUAAAAUGUCCGCGGACAUGUAUUCCAUAGCAGUGACGAUGUUUGAAUUAUUCAAAUGGGGUAAUGCAUAUUCAGAAAAGUACUUUCCAUACCCCUGGAAUGUGGUCGACUUUGUCUGUUCUGGUGGUCGUUUAUUAAAGCCCGACAAAAUGGAUCAAACCAUCUUUGACAUUAUUUCUAAAGCUUGGUCGCACAACCAAGCUGAGCGUCCAAAAGUGUCCGACCUUAUCCUCCAACUUGAAUCAAUCAAAACACAAAAAAAUGGACUUUGA